UGCUGAGUCAGCACCAACUGGCACCGUAGUCCAGCUGUACACACCAGUCAUUCUCAACAUCAUCAACAGCAAAGUCCUCUGAACUAUAGGGUCUCUCUCUCUCUCUCUCUCUAUUCUCUCUCUCUUCUCUCUCUCUCUCAUCACUUCAAUAAAUACAUGGCCCUCCUUUCACAUUUUUCCUCCCCUUGUUUUACUGUCUCCCUUUGCUAUUUGCUCCACCGACUCACCGCCUACUAGUUACUGAGUUCAGCAGACAGUUAAAUCGCUGGUGGUCAGAUCUGAAGGCGGUGAUCGCUAUCUUCGCUGCCGGAAACGAUGUCGUCCGGAAGGUACAUGGCGUACUCACCGUCGCCUUCCGCUCCUCACUCUCCUCACAUCGGCGUUUCCGCGGCCGGGAGUCUCCGCGCCGCUUCUGCUCUGGUCGAGCAGGAAAAGUAUCUCGCAGAAUUGCUGGCUGAACGUAACAGUCUUGGUCCUUUUAUGACUGUGCUGCCAAAUUGCUAUCGGUUGCUGAAUCAGGAAAUAGUGCGUGUAACUACACUGUUGGCGAGUGCAUCAGUUUUAGAACAAAGUGGGCUUGAACAUGCUAGCCCCCUGGCUUCAGGAGGAAUGUAUUCAAAUGGAGGAGCUAACGUGAACAGAUGGGCCUCACCAUUUCAAUCAGAAAUGUCAGGUUUGAUGCAAUCAUCUAAUGCACAGAACUGGCUUGGUUCCCAAGGUAGUUCAUCAGGUCUCAUAGUCAAGCGAACAGUCAGGGUUGACAUUCCAGUUGACCAAUUUCCUAAUUAUAAUUUUGUUGGGCGCCUCCUUGGUCCUAGAGGGAACUCUCUGAAGCGAGUCGAAGCAACUACUGAUUGCCGUGUUCUAAUCAGAGGCCGUGGCAGUAUUAAGGAUCCAACAAGGGAAGAGAUGAUGAGGGGGAAACCAGGAUACGAACACCUUAAUGAACCUCUUCACAUACUCGUUGAGGCAGAACUCCCAGUCGAUAUAAUCGACGCUCGUCUAAUGCAGGCACGCGAGAUACUCGAAGAUUUACUCAAGCCAAUGGACGAAUGUCAAGAUUUUUAUAAGAAGCAGCAGCUAAGAGAACUAGCUUUGCUUAAUGGUACACUCAGGGAAGAAGACUCUCAAAUGUCUGGUUCUGUUUCACCUUUCCACAACAGCCUCGGAAUGAAGAGAGCUAAAACUAGGGGGUAAAAUAUUUCGGAGCUUAGAUUAUAUAUGUUCGUCUCUGCAUGUGAACCAGGAGUUCACAGUACACAGGUUCUGAUGUGCCAGCCGAUCGGGGCACUGGUAAACUGUCGAGUGCCAGUUCUUAUCUGUCUCUAUAUAUAAUAUGAGGUGUGCUUUUGUUUAUUUAUAUACUUCUGGGCAUUAGAUUUAGUAGCGUUUGUUAUCGUAUUUAACGGAUCCUUAUUCCCGAGGGGUUUGAUUUUGUAUGGUUCCUAGGCAGCUUGGUAGGGGUGGAAUAUUCUCUGAAUAUACUCUCUCUCCGACUACUGUCGUAUUAUUUCAUUUAUUACAAGCUUGUGAGAAGUAAGAAGUGAUUUAUUGUAGUACUACUGUGUGGAAUUACGUCGAAAAAUUUGUUUAAUUAUUAUUUUCUGCUCAUUCGUGUAAUAUACGAGAUUAUCUUU